UAUUUGUUGGUGGAAAUGAGUCACUAUCCUGUUGACUGCGGCGCGUGUUGGUACGGUUCUCCGGUGCUCCUCGCUUCUCGUGUUUUAUCCACCGCUUUACUGGGUCUUACUGGCGGUACUUCUGUUGUAGUCAUGAUCCGUGGAGCAUCAGGAAGUCAUCGGUCUGGGGGACCAUCAUUUCCUCCUUAUGCACAUCAUGAAGCAGUUACCUCCCUUGCUGCCAGCCAGAAUAGAUUUACAUGUGAUCUGUACACAAAACUGGCUGAGAAGAAGUCAGGCAACCUCUUUUACUCACCCUUCAGUAUUAUGACAGCUUUAGGAAUGACAUAUGCUGGAGCAGGAGGAAAUACUGAACAAGAAAUGCGCUCUGUUAUGCACCUGAGUGAUGACAAAGAAGUUGUUCAUGAUGCAUUUAUGGAUGUUGUGUCUGAUAUGAAGACUGAUGCUGGAGAUUAUGAACUUCGCACAUCAAACAUGGCCUAUGUGUCAAACCAUCUGUCAUUACUGAGCCAGUAUGAUAAAAUCCUGAAAGAAAAGUAUCAAAGCACUGCUAAAACUGUCGACUUUGGUGCAAGUGAGGAAGUGAGGCAGGAGAUAAAUACAGCAGUUGAGAAAGAGACCAACUCCCGCAUAAAGGACCUCAUUCCCUCAGGUGUUCUAGAUUCCUUGACAAGGAUGGUGCUUGUGAAUGCUGUUUAUUUCAAGGGGUUAUGGGCUAAGCAGUUUGAUAAAGCAGAUACUUAUGACCGAGAGUUCUGGACCUCAAACACUGAGAAUGUCAAGGUGCCCAUGAUGUACAAGAAAUCUGAGUUUCGCAUCUUCUUUGAUAAAGAUCUUGGAGCCACCGUCUUGGCAAUGGACUACCAGGGUUCCAGAUUGAGCAUGGUGUUUGUGUUACCUGAUAAACGAGAUGGUUUAGCAGAAGUUGAAAGCAAAUUAGCCACAACAGAUCUGAGUGAACUUCACAGGAAGUUGCGUGAAGUUGAAGUUGAGGUCUCCUUUCCUAGAUUCAAGUUAGAAGAAACACUUGAUCUGGUUGACACUCUGAGUGAGAUGGGAAUGAAGGAUCUUUUUGAUGAGCAGUCAGCUGACCUGUCUGGGAUCUCAGGCAACAAGAACCUGUUUGUCUCCAAAGUGAUUCAUAAAUCUUUCUUGGAAGUAAAUGAAAAAGGCAGUGAAGCUGCUGCAGCAACAGCUGGACAGUGUGUGUGGGAGGCCGCCGCCAGCACCGCAGUGGCAAGGGAUACCUCGCCUUAAUGAACAUUAUUGCUGCCAAAUGAGACUGCACGCCACCGGGAAAACAACACAGGCCUUUCAGUUACCCUCACACGCGGUGCCGCCACGCGAGGGAAGUGUAUGUGGUGUGUGUGUGUGUGUGUGUGUGUGUGUGUGUGUGUGUGUGUGUGUGUGUGUGUAUAUGGUGGUGAAGUGGGAAGGGAGAAAGGUACACCUGGAGUGAGUGUGGCUGGUGUGCAAAGAGACUGUUACUGCAAGCCCUGCACGUUACCUCAAACAUAAAUAUCAUGGCGCCUCUACUUAAAAAUUCCUACCGUAGCUUGCUGGUGUGUUUGGGAGAGGAGGCGUUACGCGCGUCCCCACGCUCCAGAUAACUCAAGGCAUGUGUACAUUUCUCGAGAAGCAGAAAUAAAAAGGUGUGUAAUGGAGUUCCUGCUGCGGCGCUGCGUCCAAAAUACACACUUUACCAGCACGUGGCAGCAGGCGGGGAUGUGCAGGACGCAGCCGCCGCUGUGAUUGACUUGUGCUGCUUGGUGUUCAUUACAGGUCAUGCUUUGUGUUCAAGGAAGCGAAGGUCACUGCCGCCCCAGGAAAACGAGUGAACAAGUCAACAUAUUUUUCUGUCUUUUAAUCAACUGAGAAAGCUUUUUUACCAUGUUUAAAGCACUGUGACAGACGAAAAAGAGGCAUAAAAAGACAAACAGAAACUGUGUAUAAGCUUCGAGGAACAUGGAUUAAAAGUAUUGUGAUGAAAUUAAGUGUAGGUGUAAUCUGGCAGGUGCGUUGUCUGUUUGCCGUGUACCUGUGUGCUGGACAUUACACGUCCGUCAGCCACGCCGCCAGACUCCUCAACGCACCCACCGACAAUCACCAUUACCCUUUUUCUUUUCGGAAAACACAUACGCGUAGAGAAUAACAAUCCUAUUUUCGAAUGAUUUACGAGUGACAGGCGUGUCCACAUUAGCAACCUGUUUUUGUUCCUCAUGAUUUUAAUGCAUUGAAUGAUAUGAAAGAUUUACAGUGAAAACAUUGCAGUAAAAUAACUAGUCAGUGAGGAAAUGUGGAAGCGUGAAAUUCAUCAUUUGUCGUCUGCUGGUGAAUAAAAGUCUCGCUCACAUAAAACACCGGAAGACGUGAUGAAGCAGAGGCUUGAUGAGGAAGAAGACCCCAAGAACACAUAGAAAGGACAAGGAAAACUCAAAGCUAAAACAAAGAGAAAAGACCAACGAAAAAGGAUGGAGAGAGAAAAAGGGCAGAUGGCAAAGAAAGACAAUGAAAAUUUCUGCUCUCGUCUGGAUAUUUUUCACAAAAAGUUCACCUUGUCUAUACCUGUCCUCGGGGGCCUUCGUCAGUGUGUGUGUGUGUGUGUGUGUGUGUGUGUGUGUGUGUGUGUGUGUGUGUGUGUGUGUGUGUGUGUGUGUGUGUGUGUGUGUGUGUAUGUGUGUACAUGCUUUACUACAGGACACAAGAGGGGAGGAGUUUGGUGAGUGGAGGGGCGCGGCUAGAUAGGAUGUGGUGGGAGGGAGAGAAAAGGUGGAGUGAGACAGAGGGCUUGUUGGAUGCAGAGAGAGAGAGAGAGAGAGAGAGAGAGAGAGAGAGAGAGAGUGUGUGUCUGAUGGUAGCCUCGAAAUGGAAGAAGAGUGGUGGGAAGGGGCCACCGGUGAUAUGAUCAGGACGGUGGUCACGGCGGUAGCAAGAAGGAAGGAACACAGUGAAGCAACACCGCCGCGAGUUCCCUGGGAGAGUACGGGGCAACGCGAGGCGAGGCGAGGCGAGGGAGGUAAUGGGAGUAAAUUUCAUAGUGGAAAUCACCUGAGCGGCUUCCAGGAAUACUGAAUGUGCGGGUGUCUCCUGCCAGCCGUGAAAAUAUGCUGCGUGUGCAUGGCUGAGAGUAUUAAAAUAUGCUUAAGCUCGCACACACACACACACACACACACACACACACACACACACACACACACGUGAAGGAUAACAGUUUGUGUACAUCAUUUUUAUAUUCUUCGUUUUAUCCUCUUUAUAAAAACUUUCUUAUUAUUCUUAUUAAUACUAUUAUCAAUGUUGUUGUUAUUAUUAUUAUUAUUAUUAUUAUUAUUAUUAUUAUUAUUAUUAUUAUUGCUAUUAUUAUUAUUAUUAUUAUUACUAUUAUUAUUAUUGGUAUAGACUCCAGCAGUGUCCUCGAAAAGGAAACAUGGAUAUGGAAAAUCAACCAAAGUAUAAAAAUAGAAUAAAAUAAGGAAACACAAAGAAAAUAAAGAAGACAGGUAAUAAAAAGCGGAUAAAAUUUGCCUUAAAUUUAUCGAUGGAAACUUCGGAAAAAAAAAAAAACUCAUGAGGAAGUCCCUCGCACGCUUUACUUGCAUUGGAGAUAAGCACAGGAAGUAAUUGUCUAACUGAAGAAUAAAAGCGUCUGAUUCAUAAAUUAUAACGUGUUCGGCGAAGCAAGUCGAGGUGAACCGGUAAUGCGCUGUGAUGAGGGUGUUCGUUAUUAUUGGCAACCUUGCUAGUGUACCCACCAUUAGCCGCUGAUGAAGAUGAAAAUUAAGCUUAUGCAGUAAAGCUUCAAAAGAACGAUCUAUGAGUUUUAGACGAGAUGGAGCAGCCGCCAUUCAAACAGAAGUACAUUGUUCAAGAAGUGCACAAUGAAAGAGAAAAAAGCAGAUCUCAUUUCAAGCCUUGUGAAGAAUUGAAGCAGCAAUUCUAAUACGCGUACGAUUUCCUUAAAUCUACAAGGAGCUUACAGUUUCCCCAAACAAACAAAUUACGAGUUAAACGUUUUUUUUUUUUUUUUACUGUUAAUUAUCAUAUCAGGAUGAGAGGAGAACUGGGAGUCUGUUUGCUUAUGUCAGUCACGUAGGAGUUUAAUACAAAAUAAAACACUACUCUUAACUUUAUAGGAAAAAAAGAUGUUCACGUUUUUUCUCUCCCUGUUCCUCCUCUCUCCCUUUCUCCCUCACUCACUGUCCUAACAUGGGGGCUCCCGUGGCCAUCCUCCCUACUACUUACUCCCUUGAGCUUCCUGGCCUAUUAAGCUUGCCUUACAUUACCCUCACCAGUACAUUUCUCCCCCAAUCCCACUGCCAUCAAGAACAUCCCCCUCCUUUUACCUUUAACUUUUUUUCACCCCUCUCAUCUACUCGCUACCCUCCCUCCUGGGCCACCCUUUUAUUCAGCUCUCAUAUUCACGUGGCAACCCACCACCAUCAGGAGAAGCAUCCACAAAACGGCCACACACCAACCCAUUAACCCAGUACCGCGCCUCACCGCCGCUCCCCGCCCCAUAGCAGCCCCGCAGCACGCGCCGUUAAGGGAGAGAGCACAGUGCGAUGCGAUGAAGCUCAGGUGCGUCACAAUUAAUGCCGGCGCCGUUUGUGGAGGUCUUCAUCCUUACCUGUAUGUAAGGAUGAAGACCGGUGUAAAACGCAAUGUCCUGCGGCUUUGUGCUCUGUAAUUACGCCCAAUCACAAAGAGCGGUUUUAUAUGCACUUUUUUUUUUUUUCUUCCCUCCCUUAUUAUCAACUCCGUCCUCCAGGUCCUUUCCAUUCCAGCUCCCUUCCGGCUCCCUUCCCUUCCUCUCAGCCUCCUACGCCUCCUCUUCCAGCCCAUCCUGUGCCUUGAAUAAUAAUUUGUUCAUUAAUGCAUCAGUUUGUAUAGUUUCAUAUUUUUGUUUUGUUUCUAUUCAUAGUGAUGUUCGCUUCUGGGGUUUUAAAUAUAUUCUGGGGAUUAAUUGACCAGACUCGUGCUUUUCUCUUUUGCUUCUUUUUUUUCCUCUCUCUCUCUCUCUCUCUCUCUCUCUCUCUCUCUCUCUCUCUCUCUCUCUCUCUCUCUCUCUCUCUCUCUCUCUCUCUCUCUUUUUUCAGCAUGAGAAUUGGUGCAGGCAGCAGUAACAUAAACACUGACUUGAAGUGUUUGUGUUUCUCGCUGCAAAGGAAAAGUGCGGGGAAUUUUGUCGAUUAUAUUCCUUUCUUUUCUUUCCUGGGCUCCUAAAAGUGCGAAGUUGGAGCUUGAUUACUGAUAUUUUUUUUUUUUCCUAUUCAGUACUUUCCGGGCAAUAAGAUGAACACACACACACACACACACACACACACACACACACACACAACGUAAUAUAAAAAUUUAAAUACACCCCAAAACUAUAACCACACGGAAUAAAAGGAGGAGGAGGAGGAGGAGGAGGAGGAGGAGGAGGAGGAGGAGAGAAAUCCACUCCACGAGGUCCAUCUGGAGUGUCUGGAGUGUGCAUAUCUUCCUUACACUUGGCAACGCGUAAAGGUCGUAUGUGGCGCACAGUGUACUUGACACGUGAAUUCCCUAGGCCGCACUCUGCUGGCCUAGGUCAGGCCAGGUCACUCCGGAGUUAAGGUGGCAACUGCGCAGACGGGUAAAGCUAACAACCCGAGUACCAAGUUUAGAGAGAGAGAGAGAGAGAGAGAGAGAGAGAGAGAGAGAGAGAGAGAGAGAGAGAGAGAGAGAGAAUCUUAUCUGGUGUAUAUUAUUUUCUGAGUUGUUGGGUGAGAGGAGCCUCCCACUAUGCUACCAUACAGUAUCUCUUUCUACAUUUAGUUGUGUAAUGUUAUGAAACAGUCUAGGAAAGAACUAAAGGUCAGUUGAUGUUUGCUAUCCUCUGCAAUUCUUUGUAUCUUCCCAACAGAGGCUGAUCGUUGCUGUGGGCCUCGGGGUAGCACUAGUGGUUCUGGCAGUGUUGUACUGCUGCUGGACGCGCUGCUACAAUGAGGGAGCAUCUAACCCUGGCCGCCCAGGCAUCGUCACCGGCCUGCGCCGCGCCUCCCUCUACCUAUCCAACACCGCCCCGCUGGACAUGAGCGUGUCCGAGCUGUUCUUCAACUUGGCCAGGGGACCCACGGACCAGCCACACCACCACCCGAUGACGGGCCACACCCGUGUCCAGCGCCCCCUCCUUGCACCACCCGGGUGUCAUCUAUGCCCCCCUUCAUACCUUCCUCCUCCCCUGCCAUCCUUACCUGCACAGCGCCACCAGCAAAUCCGCCGCCACUUGGUCAGUUGCCAGACGACAGCCACGCUCAGGCCCAGGAGACCAGCCCACGGCACUCGCCAAGACGCAACACUGGAUGAGAGACGCAAGAUGGAGACCAGCUCACUGUCUGUGUCCCAGAUGGGGACUGGCCGCCACAACCAAAUGAUAUUGAGCGAGCUGGUGGAGGCUGAUAACAAACACCGCAGCAGCACGUCACCAGAGGAAGGCGUCCACACGUGUGCUCUUCUGAGUCUGUCAGGAAAGUCGCGCUCACUUGUCCUUACCCAUGUCUUAUUCACGGUAAGGUUUUGAAUCCGUCAGCAAGGAAGGAAUGCGCUCUUAUCGUCAAAUCCAAGUCUUUAUUCUUAUUACAAAACAGGAGAAAGUCUAUUUUAUCCAGAUGCCUCGCAGGACUUCAAUAUGUUGUGCUGCAGACGAACCUUUGCUCCAGUAAUUCCUAUGACUGUUAGCGCGGAGGAAAUUAGUUUAAAGUUCAUCCUGCGUCGAGAUGAACAAAUUGGCGCCACUAGGACGCGCGAGACAGCGGGAAAGAGAAGCAUAGCGCAUAGCAGGGAACGAUGACUUAGUGAAUAACAAGCAAUUUCCGAACCAAACUGCUCGUCUCCCGGUAGUGAGGGGGACGCCAGCAUUCUCCUUCAUCAAGACUCGCCGUGUGCUGAGUCACGCAAGCUGCUGUUCAUGUUCUGCUGAGGCGUGUGUUCAAUGUGUUCAGUGUGCUCAGCGUGGAGUGGCUGCCUGUCCCUGUCUGCCACGUCUUGCAACACACACUCGUCCCUUCCUCCUCCAGGCUACCUCGCUCGUUCAGGAUGGGCCGGGGCGCCAAGGUGACCUAACCCUCACCCGGCCCGUUACGUUUCCACGGCAGUUAAAGGCGAGUGGCUGAACGCCGAGACGAGUGUGUAUGUACGGCUCCUGAACACGGGAGAAGUAACAGGACCCUCGAGAGCAAUCCUGACAUACUCGUGUUGCGGCUAGACAUACUUGACGCCCCGAUGGCAAUGGUGGAUACUGAACUGACUGAUAAACAAAGUAACACUCAAGAAUGGACACAAAUAAUAGGAGGUUGAGGAACUAGGCAGUAUAUGGUUGGGUUGUGUGACAGGAACCUAACAGACCCUCGGGAGCUCAAGUUCUUGUUCCUCGCGUUUCCCUUGGCUUAUUAGAAUAUCAAAGUUGGUCAGUGCGAUGCCUCGUUUCAUUAAGCUUAAUUUCGUCUUUGAUCUCUUGAAAUCUUCCACCUGCGCAUCUUGUUAACGAAGGAAGAGCCUUCAUUCAGAUUUGCUCAGACUCCUCACGUGCUUUAUUCAUAUUUUUUUUUUCUCUGCUGUUCCAUGACCUUUACUAUCUGUACAGGUUUGGGUCACGUCGAAUUAUCCCUCAAACACUCCAAAAUUGACUUUCCUUCUUUACAAUAACCAAACCUCAAGAAAAGAAAAUCAGUGAGCCAACUUCACCGUUCCUGCCUGGCUCCUUCCCUCCCGCCCUCCCAUCCUUCCUCCGUCCCUCUGUAACUUGGGACACAAAUAAACUACAAAGAAGUUUAGGAUUGUGAGCGAGACUUCGACAAGGAGGCAGGGAGGGAGGAAGGGAGGUAAGAGGCUCAGGGGUCCUCCUUAAGAGUGACACAAUUCUAAUUUCGGUGAGCUGACAUGGCACGCUCCCUGUUUGACAUGAAAAAAAAAGGAAGAGGAAAAGGAGGAGGGGAAGGGGGAGGGAGAGGAGGAGCAGGAUGAGAGGCGAAAGAAGUCCACGAUUAGCGAGAAAGUGAUCGAUAACGCACGCCGUAACCCUGACAUCUAGUCUUGCUCACUCUGACUUCCGUAUCAUUACUCGGCACACGCUGUCAUUAUCCACUUUCUCCAAUGCAGAGAGAGAGAGAGAGAGAGAGAGAGAGAGAGAAAGAGAGAGAGAGAGAGACGGCGUGUGGGCGGCGGAAGCCUCGUCGUUCAUAGUUCGCUUCCAAACGAUCUGUAGUGCCUUUUUCAAAACUUUACGGGGCGGCUUCGGCGUUCUAAACUCUCCCUAAGUUGUCGAAACACGCUGCUGUAAACUGUGGAGGCCUUGAAGAGUUAUGCCGCCGCGGCCUCGCGUCCCAAUAAAGAGACAAGAAAUACUCCAUGACCACUUGUCACUCUCUUGGCGGCGAGGGCGUGCGCGUGGCAGAGUGCGUCCUCGCCUCGCCUCGCCUCGCCUCGCACAGUUCACACUUGUCGCAAAACUGGACACUGAUUGCAAUCUUACCUUGAUCCACAUUUCGUUAUGUUUACUGAUAUGUUACGCUCCUUUGGCGCGAGCAAUAUGACACGCCCCGACACCAGGAACAUUAAUUACUGAAACAGAUACGUUGUUUGAUACACUAAAGAGAAAAUUACGA